AUGCAAGUUAGUCUUUUCUCACUUAUAUUAUUUGUUAGUGUCCACCAAUAUGCAUUACCAUCUCAAAUAACAUGUAACAGUGUAGGUUUUAACAAGUCAUCAUCAUCCUGUUUUCAAAUUUAUGAUAAAAAAUUUCAAUCAAUUCUCGGUGCGAAACCUGUACUAAAACUAUUAGCUAAACGAAAUUACGCGUUUGCUCAUGAGGGACCUGUUUGGCUACCACAAACAAACUCAGUAUUAUUUGUAAGUAAUAGACAAGGAAAUUUAGCAACAAGUGAUCAAUGGAUUGAUAUCUAUACAAUUAAUCUUGAAAGUGGAUUUGUUAAAAAUAUAACAGAGAAAAUAUCACGUUUAACGGGUCAUAAUCAUUUCAUGGCUAAUGGGGGUACUGGCAAUUAUCAGAAAAAAUCAAUUAUUCUCUGUUCUCAAGGUUAUCGUUUACACGGCGGUUCAAUUUUUGAAAUAACAAACAAAUUUGAUCGUGUUCUGUUGACUGUGAAACAAUAUAAUAAUUUAACGUUUAAUAGUCCAAAUGAUGUUGUUAUUUCACAUAAAGAUAAAUCAGUAUGGUUUACUGAUCCGGAAUAUGGCUUUUUUCAAAAUUUUCGUUAUGGAAAGCCCCAGUUGGGUAAUAAUGUUUAUAGAGUCGAUAUAGAUGGAAAUAUCCAAAUAUUAAUUGAUAAUCUUAGUAGACCAAAUGGUAUUGCAUUUAAUCCAGAUGAAACAAUUGUAUAUGUGACAGAUACUGGUUAUGCAGUUGGAAAUGGUUCGUUGGAUUCAAAUGUAAAACGUGCUAUUUAUUCAUAUGAAAUAUAUCGUCAUGAAUAUAAACCUAUUCAUCUUUAUAAUAAACGUUUAUUCGCAAUUGUAGACGCGGGAAUACCGGAUGGAAUUAAAAUUGAUCAAAAUGGUCAUGUGUAUGUUGGUUGUGGUGAUGGGGUAGAAGUAUUUGGUGCUAAUGGUAAACUUUUAGGAAAAAUUAUUCCACCAAACUCAACAUCUGGUGUGUCAAAUCUUGUUUUAGCAAACAAAAAAUUAGUUCUUCUAGCUGAAACAGAAAUUUGGACAGUUGAUUUACAAUGUCAAAAAUGUGGAACAACAUUAACUCAAUAUUGA